AUGCUAUUAACGGUUAACGACCGUGGGUGGAGGGACUUCCACAUUAGCACCCAGGAAGUGGAAGAAAGUGUUAAAAAAUUAACAGACCAAGUAGGAUAUAAUGACAACUCGGAAACGGAUGGAGAAGUUAUUAUUUCCAUGGAGAUAAUAAAUAGGAACAUAGUUGCCUGUUUAAAGGUGAACAAAAAAGCUAUUCGAAAUUGGUACACAAAAUGCCUCGAUGCGAAGACUAGAUAUUGGGAAAUCAGAAUGAACUUUUGGAGGCGGUUCAAUAUUUACACAUGGAUGGAAUUAUUUUGCGGAGAGAAAACCAGAGGAGUAGAUGAGAUGUGGAAGAAUAAAAUGUGGAUCAUAUGGUCGACUUACAUUAAUAGGAUCAUGUGGAUUGAGGACAUGGAAGAUACGAUUGAAUUUAAAAAACGUAUAAAAAAGUGCUACUCCUACGUCUACAUCCGGGAUAGGUACAAGGAGAAGAAGAGCCACUUUAGGAAAUUCAAGCGCCGGAAGAUUGUGGGCGCGUGGAUCAAAUUUUUAGAUUUUUAUAUGGACAAGUGGAAGAAGGAGAGGAAGGCCAUGGUGAAGAAGAGGCGGUCUGUGGGGAAGCUGCCUGUGGAGGAGCUGCCCGUGGAGGAGCUGCCCGUGGAGGACAGGGCGGAGGUCGUUCUCGCGUGUUCGCUCAUCCCGCAGGGGAAACGGCUCUUGGAGUGCCGUGCGGGCGGUGGUAUCGACAGUGUAAGUACCACUGAUGGCAUCAUUGGCGGUAGCAUUCAUGGCAUCAUUGAUGGCAGCAUUGAUGGAAGCAUUGAUGGAAGCAUUGAUGGAAGCAUUGAUGGAAGCAUUUGUAGUAGGCCAUUUUUGAAUAACCCGAGCACGAACAAGGACACUGGGCGGAAGGGAAGGCCGUCAACCAAAACAGGAGCAGGAAAAACGUGGCCAAAAAAACCUGUGUGCACCAAAACGGGAGCAGACGGGGGUGGGUAA